UGGGGAGCGUAUCAUUCUAACAUUCUUUUUACACCAGUAGUAGAAUUAAAUUGAUUAUCUAAAUUGAACAAAUACUCUUUUCUAGCGAUGGGGGGUGGUGCGUCAAUAGUAAUGAACGAGCUCUUUGGAAAGAAGGCCAUGAGAAUCGUCAUGGUGGGGUUAGAUGCAGCAGGUAAGACAACGAUCCUAUACAAGCUGAAACUCGGAGAAGUAGUGACCACGACACCCACCAUUGGUUUUAAUGUAGAGACCACGGAGUAUAAGAACGUCAGUUUUACAGUGUGGGAUGUCGGCGGUCAAGACAAGCUCAGACCUCUCUGGAGACAUUAUUAUUCAAACACUCAGGGAAUCAUCUUCGUUUUGGACAGCAACGACAAAGAACGUUUAAUGGAGGCUCGGAAGGAGUUAGAACGAUUGACCCAAGAAGAUGAGCUGAGAGACGCUAUCCUUCUCGUGCUCGCCAACAAAAAGGAUCUUACGUCAGCUUGUUCUGUUGCCGAUGUGACUGACGCACUCGGUCUCCAGGGAAUGCAGAAUAGAAAGUGGCACAUCCAAGCAACCUGCGCAACCUCUGGUGACGGUCUCCACGAGGGAAUGGGCUGGCUCUCCGCCGAAAUGUGUAAAAUCGCGGACAUAGACGGACAUGACACCCCCCCUAUAUACAAGGUCUUUGGAGAGAAGGCCAUCAUGAGAAUCCUCAUGGUGGGGUUAGAUGGAGCAGGUAAGACCACGAUCCUAUACAAGCUGAAACUCGGAGAAGUAGUGACCACGAUACCCACCAUUGGUUUCAAUGUAGAGACCAUGGAGUAUAAGAACGUCAGUUUUACAGUGUUUGAUGUCGGCAGUCAAGACAAGCUCAGACCUCUCUGGAAACAUUAUUAUACAAACACUCAGGCAAUCAUCUUUGUAGUGGACAGCAACGACAAAGAACGUUUAAUAGAGGCUCGGAAGGAGUUAGAACGAAUGACCCAAGAAGAUGAGCUGAGAGACGCUAUCCUUCUCGUGUUCGCCAACAAAAAGGAUCUUCCCUCAGCUUGUUCUGUUGCCGAUGUGACUGACGCACUCGGUCUCCAGGGAAUGAAGAACAGACAGUGGCACACCCAAGCAACCUGCGCAACCUCUGGUGACGGUCUCUACGAGGGAAUGGAAUGGCUCUCCGCCGAAAUGUGCAAAAUCUAAAUCACAGCUUUAAUCUAUUAGUGCAAUCUAAGCCCCCGAAACGCAUUUGUUUGUUAAACCGAAGACUGUAUUCCUAGAUGAAACAGAUUAGUUUGAGCGUGAUUUUCUUUUUCAGAAGAAUGUUACAGUCCAUCAUACUUAAAUAGUUAUAAAUAAAUAGUUAUAAAUAGACUAUCUCUUUGGAUCACUAAAUAAAUUACGAUAAGCACCUCAAUUUGCCCUCUUUUUAUGAAUUCAGAUGAAACUAUUACUUAUCACAUUGGUAGUUAGGUUACCGUUCUUGAUAGGCCAUCCUUUUACGAUUUACAGUGUUAACUUUUGUGGGCCAUGUUAAGUUUAAAGCGAAGUGUUCUGAUUUCUUUAAAUGAGGAACUUGAUAAUAAUCUAUAAAAUCUAUAAAAUAAUAGAGCAUGGUGAGUUCUUCGCAAUGUUGAUCUGUAUAAUAAUUCUAUGUAGAUAAAUUUGAUAUUAUACAUACGUAAUAAUGCCCGCUCAGUGCAGUGCACGGCGGGACAAUCAUUAUUUACUUUAGAAUUAGACAUUCUGGGAUCUGUUUUUUUAAUCGCAUUGUUAGUUCAAAUUAAUCGGGCAGUUAGUUAGGGUAGUGACGUCACAUGUUGUGCUUUAAUCUGAGAAAAUUGUGUUUACAACGGCACCCCCAAUUUAUGUUUCUGUUUGAUUGUAAGUUUCAGUUUGAAUUCAUUUAGUUUUGAUUUUAUGACAAGAUAGACGAGAAAGAACUUUGUCAAUAUGGACAGUUUAGAUUUGAACUUGGAGCCACAAGGCCAAGGGUGAAUUUCAAAAUAUUGAGUUUUUAAAGGGUUAUUUUUAUAUAGGGUCAUUGUGACAUUAUGUGUAUACUGUUUGAGAAAAUUGUAUAUUCUUUUAUGAC